AUGUCAGAGCUGAACUUAUCGCUGCACUGAGCACAUCACAUACCAAUCGGUGGUGAGGGAGGUGCAACAGCUCUUAAAAGGGUUCGUUUGAUAAAUAUUCAUCAUUUCCUCCUGACACCAGAUCAGUGAACAUCGAGGGACAUCUCAGCGACGACAAUCAAUUGUGAGCGUGAUGGAGAAGUUUGUCCUCAUUCUCUUACCUGCCCUCAUCGCAACAUCAGGUGCUAAGGAGUCCGUUUAUGCUCGGAUAGGAGAGAAGGUCGUCCUAAAGCCUCCAUCGAUUAACGGUUUAAGUAGAUAUGUGUACUGGACGUUUCAUAAAGAGGACGGCUUUUCACUUGCCUGGAGCAAUCCCUAUGGCGGAAAAAACAUUGCUAAAGUUGAACCCUGGAAAGAUAAGUUGACCUUGUCUGACGACUCACUGGUCAUCGAUAACGUCCAACCAGAGUUCUUUGGGACAUACUUUUGUAAAAUUGAAUCUGCAAUUCAAAAUGUACAUUUCCAUUCCAUCGAACUUAUCAAACUCGACGUGAGUGUGAACCCAGCCAAUCCUCUGCUGCCUGGAGAAUCUCUGUCCCUGUCCUGCACCGUAGAUUAUCCCAAGAAGCCUGAGAUCCACUGGCUGAAUCCCAGAGGCGAGAAGAAAGGCCAGGGAACAGUCACUGUGAAGGUCACAAGCCAAGACGAUGGCAUGUGGACCUGUGUAGUGGCAGAAGAAAAACAGGUCAAAAUGCCUGUAAAAGUUAUGGGCCUUUCUCCAGCUCCUGUACUUCCUCACUACACGUCUACAUCCUCACGCUUCGCUGUCCCCUGUUCGAUUCCUCAUCCCAUCACCUGGGAGCAGAUCAAAGCUAAGGGCGUCCAGGAAGUUCACUGGCAAUUCUUCCCAGCGACAUCAUCAGGCCUCAAUUCCCAGAGGCUCUUCACCCUCUCACUGGAUUCGCUGAGCUGGAAGGAAGACCAAACCCGAGAUUUGAAGCCUGCAUCAGAUCCCGAAAAACGAAAUCUGGAACUGACCAGAAAGCUGGGCAGAGUGGACGACAGAGGGGACUACGUGUGCACUAUGAAAUUUAAAAAUGGCCUGAUCCUGAACAGGACGGUGCACGUGGAGGUGUUGCAAAUCACCUCCUCACCGGGACCACACCUCCUCUCUGGCCAGCAGCUCAACCUGACGUGCAGCGUGGGCCAACCGCUGCCCUCUGACCUCCAGCUGCGGUGGACCCAACCUAAACCAGCAGCCCAGCCUGGUCUGAAGUCUGACCAGCACUCUGCCCGUCUCACCAUCCCAGAAGUGAGCACGGACGAUGGAGGACUUUGGGUGUGUGGGCUGUGGCAGGGUGAGACGCAGCUGACGUCGGCUGCGAUAAGGUUGACGAUAGAUCCCAAAGUGAGUGUGUGGACGCUGGUGAUGGCGUGCAGCGCUGCAGCCAUCGUGGUCCUCCUCCUCCUCAUCCUGGCUCUCGUCCUCCACCGGCGCAGACGUCGGAAGAUGAGACACCUCAGGCAUCAACUCUGCCGAUGCAAAAAGUACGUACUAACCAUUUCCUGGACUGGUGAAAUGGCUCCGAACUCACAUUUACACUCACUCACACUCAUCCGCGGCGGCAUUUGAAUAACAAGUGCUGCCAUAAGGUGUAUUUAUGAAAAUACACCAAUAAAUAAGCAUCUAAACUUCAAAACCUGUGACUCUCUGUUUCAGACCCAAGCCCAAAGGAUUCUACAGAACAUGAUAUCUCCCAGAAAGUAAUUUCCAACAGGACACGGCCACCGAUUGAAUUUCUUUCCAGAUAAGAUGGAUUUUUCUGUCGUAUCUACUAAACUGUGAAGCUGUGUGAGCUGCGAGAGAUGAAAGUCUGAAAGUUUGAAUCAAAGUUCAGUCAUCGCUGAGAUGCCAGAUGAGACUCAGAAACAAAAAUGUAUUUUACAGUUGUAAAUAUCAACCAGGCUGGAGUGUGUUUAAUUCCAUAUCUUCAAUUCAAUUGUGUCUCUUUUUUUUAUGAUAAUAAGUAGCUGUUUCUUUUCAUAUGUUUGAUUCAGUGUAUUUAGUAUUAUUUGAGUAUUUUUUAAUUUCCAUGUCAUGUAUGUUCUUUAUGACGCUCCUUUGAAAGGCUUGGUUACCUGCUGCAAUAAAAACUUACACAUUUA